GAAAGAAGCAACAGCUAGUAGUAGACUCUGAUAAGAAGCUCAAUCAUAGCCUGAAUUCAACUCAAUUUCUUUAACUAUUUUAUUUCCUCACCGGAGAAUCUGAAAUUCCACCGGAAAUCAGUAAUUUCCGAACUCGAUUGGAUUUCCGAUUUUCUCAAGUAGCUCACAGUAGCUGAAGAACUUCCUAGCUACUUUUCUGAUCUGUAAUUUACUUUUUAGCGGCGGUGCCGGUGAUUCAUUUCUCCGGUGGUAAAAUGACGAAGCGUGGAUAUAAGCUGCAAGAAUUUGCGGCUCAUUCAACCAAUGUAAACUGCUUAAGUAUAGGGAAGAAGUCGAGUAGAAUGCUCGUAACUGGGGGUGAUGAUUGCAAAGUCAAUCUUUGGGCCAUUGGAAAUCCUUCUUCUUUGAUGAGCUUGUCUGGUCAUACGAGUCCCAUUGAAUCUUUAGCAUUUGACUCAGCUGAAGUUUUAGUUCUUGGCGGUGCUUCCACAGGGAUGAUAAAGCUCUGGGACCUGGAAGAAGCAAAAGUGGUUCGCUCUCUUACUGGACACAGAUCAAACUGCACUGCUGUUGAGUUUCAUCCCUUUGGUGAAUUCUUUGCAUCUGGUUCUGCUGAUACAAAUCUGAAGAUCUGGGAUAUCAGAAAGAAGGGUACAAUUCAUACUUACAAGGGUCACACUCGAGGCGUUAGUACUAUUAGAUUCAGUCCUGAUGGUCGUUGGGUAGUUUCUGGUGGAUUUGAUAAUGCUGUAAAGGUGUGGGAUCUUACUGCUGGAAAGCUUUUACAUGAUUUUAAGUUCCAUGAAGGGCAUAUUAGAUCCUUAGAUUUUCAUCCCCUUGAAUUUCUCCUAGCCACAGGUUCAGCAGACAGAACUGUGAAAUUCUGGGAUUUGGAAACUUUUGAAUUGAUUGGCUCUACUAGACCUGAGGCCACUGGAGUACGUGCAACUACCUUCCAUCCUGAUGGGAGGACGUUUUUUUGUGGAUUAGAUGAUAGUCUAAAGGUUUAUUCUUGGGAGCCUGUAAUUUGCCAUGAUGCCAUCGAUAUAGGGUGGUCCACACUCGGUGAUCUCUGCAUUCAAGAAGGAAAACUUUUGGGUUGCUCAUAUUAUCGAAAUUCUGUCGCAGUUUGGGCAGCUGAUAUUUCGCUUAUUGAGCCAUAUGGAGCUGGCUUUGUUUCCAAAGAAUCUGACUCAGACAAAAAGUUCAGCAACCCAAAAAGUGAUUCGCCAGACAAAGUAAGGAGUGGUCUAAGGCUGACUUCAGUUAUGCGCUCUAUGUCUCCUGAUUAUGACGUCAAAGAAAUAAAGAACAUAUAUAUAGAUUCUACUGGUGGAAAACCAGUUUCUUCCCAAAACGUUGGGGCUUUGACUUCUUCGAAGAAUGUCCACCCGCUUGAUUCAAAAGAAAUGCGCAAUCCACCAUCAGAGAAGAAGAUUCCCGUUAUAGAAGUUAAUGCAAAAGCAGUUGGAGAUCCAUUUAAUAAAUCUUUUGUUGCACCCGCCUUUGUGCCCCAGGAUAGGGUCAUUGAGAAAAACUCCAAUUCUGGAAGGGAAAAAGUUACAUUUUCACGGACAAAACCUGGCAUGUUGCUUAGGCCAGCUCAUAUGCGGAGGCUAUCAAGUAGCAAGAGUGAUGUUGAUAAGCUGUCAGCAGCUCUUGAGUCUGAAACUUUUUGCGAUGCGCCAAGUGAGGAAGAAGGUGCAAUGAUUCUGAAAGUACAAACUCCAAAUUUAGAAGAGGAAGAGAAAAAAAUUUGUGAAGAAAAAAGUUACAAUAUCAACAAAGUUACCAACAAGAUUGAGAAAACCCUAUCCCCAGAGACACCUUCUAGUCAGGAAAACGUUAAUUGCAGCAGCGGGGUUCCUUCUGUUAAAAUUGUCAAUGGAGUUGCUGUAGUAUCAGGCAGGACACGCUCUCUGGUUGAAAGGUUUGAAGGACGAGAGAGAUUUAACAGUGAAGAUCAAUCAGCAACAGCGGAAUCUCAUACUGUAGAUGAAACAAGUAGCACACUUGCCAUAUCAAAUAAUAUUACCCCUCUUUCUACGCCCGAAGCUAGAGAUUCUCCCAUAGUCACUCCUAUCAUAUCUGAAACCAAAACAAAACCCAACAUAGAAACUAAUAGUACCCCUCACGUUUUGCCCAACACAAAUAGAAUACCUAUCAGAGCAACUGCAGUGACCCCUCAGGUUAUACGGGAAAUGGACAGAACACCUGUCGCAGCUGCUGUGACCCCUCAUGUUAUACCGGAAAUAGAUAGAACACCUGCCGCAGCAACUGCUGUAACUAGGCGCGUUAUACCAGAAACAGAUAGAAGGCCCGUUGCAGCUGCUAAUGGAACUCCUAAAGCUAUACCUGAAAGAGAGAGAAAAACUGUUGCCUCAAAUGGUGCCACUCGUGCUUUACCUGCAAGAGAAAGACCACCUUCCCCAGCUACUAAUAUGACUCUAAGACAAAGACCACCUUCCCCAGCUAGUAAUAUGACUCUAAGAGAAAGACCACCUUCCCCAGCUACUAAUAUGACACGCCGUGUAGCACCUGAGCGGGACAGAACACCUCCCAUAACGGAGGAGCCUCAGGUUUCUGGAAGGGACCCAAUAUCUUUUAACUAUAAUGAUAUUGGUGAAGAAUUAUUGCAAACUCAUGAUGUUCUUUUAGUUACUCUUAAAUCCCGCUUAACAAAAAUACAGGUGGUUCGACAUUUUUGGGAUCAGAACGAUAGUAAGGGCGCCAUCAAUGCCUUGAGAAAACUGCGAGAUCAUUCUGUGCAAGCUGAUGUGAUCAGUAUACUUACUGAAAAAAUGGAAAUUCAUACCUUGGACUUGUUUUCUUGCAUACUCCCUGUGCUUGUGGGAUUACUAGAUAGCAAGAUGGAAAGGCACAUAAGUGUCUCUUUGGAGAUGUUACUAAAGCUUGUAGCCGUCUUUGGCCCAGUAAUACGCUCAACCGUGUCCGGUCCUCCUGGAGUUGGUGUUAAUCUACAAGCAGAGCAAAGGCUAGAAUGCUGCAAGCAGUGCUUCGUUCACCUGCAAAUGAUCCAGCAAAUUCUUCCAGAAAUCAUCAGGAAAGGCGGUGUGUUGGCCAGAUUAGCUCUGGAGCUGAAUCUAGUUCUACGAGAAUCGUAGCCACUGUUAUCAUCCGAAGCCAAUUUCAACAUCAGUUUUGAGGUAACCCAACAGAAGAUAUGCAAAUGAUGCUACUUUCAGGUGAUUUUUGUAUCUCACGAUUUUGUCAUACGCUGUGCUCAUAAUAUCGACUUGUAUCAACAGGCAUAUACAGCUUACUAAUAUCAUGAGAUAAUUACUAGAGCAUUAACGUACAUGCCACUAUUGAUACAUAAUGAUGAAAGACUAUAAUCCUAUAAAACGACGGUCAUUUUUUGCAGUUCCUUUGAUUCUGGCCAUUGUUGUCUGUAAUUUUUGUGUAAUGUUCAAAUGAAUGUAAUUAAGUGGCAAUUCUUAUGUAUACUUCAUUCAUGAAAUUCAAUGAAAAUGCAUAUAUUUCUUUU